AUGACAGACUCGGCGUCCAGCGGCGGUGCGGAGGAUGUGGCACGCAUGCCGUUGGAAGAGCGGCUCGUCUCCAAGUUAUGGAAGGCGCGUUUAUCGGCGUAUGAAGAACUCGCCAAACUUUUCUCACAGACCGCUUCCGAGGAGGACCCUGUCUUUGCUGCGUAUGUACGCCAGCCAGACAUCCUCAGCGGGAUGGUGACAGACACCAAUGCAGCUUCCCAGGAAAAGGGUGUUGAAGCACUUUGUGCGUUUGUGCAUUAUGGUGGGCAUACCGCGGCUAGCUCUCGCGAAGUAGUGAUGCCUGGGUUGGCCGACAAGUGCCUGGGCUCUAUGCGGACAGGUACACGCAAAGCGGCCUUGGAGCUGGUUCUCCUCUAUGCAGAGAACGAAAAAGAGCCGGGCUGUGAAGGGCUGAUCGCCGAUUUGGUCCAGCGACUGUCAUCCAAACAGCCCAAAGUGGUCGCUGCGAAUGUGGCUGCAUUGGCUGCCCUAGUCCAGACGAAGGACAGCAACCAUGUUCAUACGGCCUCAAUUAUGCCCUGCCUCCCUACGAUCUUUGCACAUGCGGACAAGAAUGUACGAGCGGAAGGCACGACAUUGGCCAUCGCGCUCUAUCGUGCCGUUGGCUCUUCGUCUUUCCGCCCUGUUUUUGCGAAGUUGAAGGACAUCCAGGUGAAGGAGCUAGAACAGCGAUUCUCCGAGGCCGAUACCACAGCCCCCACGAUGCCGGAGCGACGUUGGGGGUCCGCAUCGAGCGAUGCCCAGCCUGCAGCGGCAGCCGCGGCGGCGGCGGCGCCCACACCGUCCACUCGCGUGGAUAGGCCAGGGCCGCCGUCUGGCCACAGUGGCGCUGCAUCGACCGUGCGCGCACCCACACCGCCUCCCGUGGACCCGUACGACACAGCGGAGCCUGUGAAUGUGCUAGAGCACCGUGCGCUCUCUUCGAACUUCUUCGAGAAGGUAACGGCGGCGAAAUGGCAGGAACGUAUGGAAGCCUUGGAAUCUCUGCACACGGCGCUUACCUCGACGAUUCGUAUUGACCCUGAUCCCGGCCUGGAUGCGUAUGUCCAAGCCUUGCAGGUACGCAUUCAAAAGGAUGCAAACAUCAAUGUGGUAUUGCAGGCGUGCCGAUGUAUUGAAGCGCUUGCUAAGGGGCUACGGACCCAUGGAGCGCCGUAUAUGUAUGUGAUACCGACGCUACUAGACAAGCUCAAGGAACGCAAGCCAUCGACGGUCGAUGUACUUGCGUCCACGUUGGACGCGUUGUAUGCUUGUGGGACGUGGCGCGAUAUCCUCGAGCCAGUCGCCCACGCGCUGCAACAUAAGAACCCGGCUGUGAAAGGCGGGACAGUGCGCUUUGUCGGCCGCUGCCUUGCAUCCUCGACGACCACAGUCAGGCCCGCCGAGGUGAAAGACAUUGCGCCUCUCCUUGUUCCGAUGAUGAGCGACGGCGCAGGGGAUGUCCGUGACGCGGCCGCGCAGGCCUUGGGCGCCCUAGUCGCUAAAGCUGGGGAGCGUGCUAUGGCCGUUUUUCUCGAGCCCUUGGAUGAUAUUAAGAAGGCGAAGAUCCGCGAAGAAGCAGGGAGCAUGCAGCCAGGGCCCGCUCCCCAUCCUCAGGCGCCGCCAGCUAGCGCCAGUCAUGGAGCGGCUGCCCCCGCACCUAGCACGCCACGCUCCGCUCGGCCUACGCCCAAACCUGUUCGAGGUGGCACGCCGUCGGCAAGUCCUGCCCGACCCACACCGCGGCCUCCUCCCGCCGCAGCAUCGACGGCGGCGGCGGCGAAAGCGGCGCCCCAAUCCAUGCCUCCUCGCCCCACGCCGUCCUCUACCACGACAUCCCGACCUACGCGGCCAACGACCACGGCGCCGCCUCGUGCCGCGCGAGCGCUGACCUCGACAAAGGACGCACACGACCCGAUCAAGUUUGAAUGGACGCCCGAAUCCGCAGAGGCGCACGCUGCAGAGACGCUGCCUGCGUCGAUCGUGUCGGCGCUUCGCUCGUCGAAUUGGAAAGAGCGAUUGGAAGGUGCCCAAUCGUUGCGUACCUGGAUCCAAGACGAGCAGCCAACGUGCGAAUGGGUCGCCCGUUUCCUUGCGAAGCAUCCAGGCUGGAAGGAAAGCAAUUUCCAGGUCAUGGGCGAGGUGUUCCAGUCUAUGCAGGCGCUGGCUUCGUUGCCGCAGUUUGAGCGCAGCACAGUCGCUUUGACCGUGCAGCCUCUCUGUGAAAAGCUCGGGGAUCUGAAGCUCAAGGCGGCGGCCGGGGAGACGCUGUGCCAGUAUGCGGAGGUCACAUCCCUCGGGUGUGUCAUUGCACAGGUGCUACCCGUCCUGGCGAGUCUCAAAGCCCCCAAAGCCCAAGCGGAGGCCCUAACGUUCCUCGACCAAACGAUUUUGGCGUUUGGGAUUCAGGGCGUGGACCUUCGCGAGUUGGUCACCUACGUCGCCACUAUGCUCAAGUCGGCCAACGCCCAAGUGCGUGGACAGGCUACGCAGCUGUUCUGCACGUUGGCGCGCUACACGGGUGGCUCCGCCGUCCUCAAUUUGCUGCCGGAGAUCACGCCGCAAUUGCGUGCGACGCUCGAGACGCAAGUGGCCCACGCAGCUCCUCCGCCCGCCCCGACGCGUGGUGUGCGGACCGCGCCUGCGUCCGACACGGCCACGGAGGCAACAGCGACAGAGGUGAGCACGGCCUCGGCGGCGCCCACGGCCAUGGACGAGGACGCGAUGGAGCAGCUCAUGCCGCGGGUCGACGUCGAUGGCCUGGUCCCUGCGUCGGUGUUCCCCCAGACGAGCGACACGCAAUGGAAAGUGCGCAAGGCCGCGCUGGAAACGAUCCAGUCGGCAUUGCAGCCACAUACACGUCUGAAGGGGAGCGGCAUGGAGUUGGCGCAGGCGCUCAAGCCACGUAUGCAAGAUACCAACAUAAUGGUCCGCCAAAUCGCUAUGGAUGUCGUCCGCCUCCUUGCGCAGGGCCUGCACGGCGCGUUUGAGCCCCUCGCGCGGGUGCUGGCGGCGCCUGUGACGCAAGUGCUCGCCGAUGCCAAGGCGCCGAUCCGUGCUGCGGCAGCCACGACCCUCUCUGCCAUGGUCUCGCAGUGUGGCCUGGCGCCCCUGAUUGGGCCGAUGGGGCAGGUGCUCGAUGGUAAGGGCGCCAACCCUAUGCUGCGGGAAGACUUGUAUACAUGGCUCGAGACGUAUCUUACCGAACAUGCGGACCAAGUCUCGAGCUGGGACUUGACGCCGAUUCUCUCGUCCGUCUUGCAUGCGCUGGAUGAUCGCGCGGCGCCGGUACGCAAGCACGCUCAAGCGCUACUCCCUUUCCUUGUGCAAAGUGUUGGGUACAAAGCCAUGGUCGAGGGAGCGCAGAGCCUCAAAGGCGCGUCGCGCGCUACCGCGUUGCCGCUGAUCGACGAGGCACGCAGUGCCACAGCUGCAGCGUCAAAGCAUGCUGCGUCCGCGGCGCCAACGCUUCGUGCGCAUGUGGCCCCCAGCGCAAUGCCCAAGGCCUCGAGUGCGGCACCGCGGGCGCGCGUCGCUCCCUCCAAGGUGGCCGCCCCUGCCACGCCGGCCGCUCGUCGUGCGGCGGUACCUACAGCGAAACCGCUGGCGCGUGUCGCACCCUCAUCCACGUCACGCGACAGUGCCGUGCCGGCCGCGCGGGCUCUUAAGCCCUCGGCAGUGAGUCGUACGUUGGCCGCGGCUGCGCCACGUGGUCCAACGACCUCGACGCCGUUCCGUACGUCCGAGCUCAAGUACAAGGCCGCGCGCGAAAAGAUGGCACGUGCGCCGUUUAUGAUCGAUGGGGUGGUGCGUCCGCAUGAUGCGGAGACGUUGCGGCAGCAGAUGGAAGUAUGCUGCUCACCGACGCUGGUUCAGGCGCUCUUUAGCAAGGACCACAAUGCUGAGCGUGAUUAUCUGCAUGGACUAUCCGUGAUGCAGAGUGCGCUGGCCCCUGCGCACACCGACCAGGAUGCGAAUGCAGCGGCGCUUGCCGUGGCCAACAGCGACGUGAUCAUCAAGUAUAGCUGUCUGCGUCUCACAGACAACAAUACAAGCGUAGCGCUCCGGUGCUUUGAGCUGCUUUCGACGCUGCUCAGAGUGCUUGAGACACAAGGUUACCACUUGCACGAUGCCGAGGCCCAUGCAUUGAUACCUGCCUUGAUUCUACGCACAGGCGACGCCAAAGCCGUGUUCCGCGAGCAGGCGCGCUCCAUUUUGCAGCGGAUCACGGUGCUGUUCCCUCCGUCGCGUCUCUUGCAUAUGCUUGUCGACCAGGGCCUGGCAUCCAAGAACGCACGUACGCGCGCGGAGUGCCUCUCUGAAGUGGGCGUCUUGCUCUCGCGACAUGGCCUCGCGAUUUGCACGCCAGCCAAGACCCUCCCUGUUAUGGCGCGGUUCAUUGGCGAUCGUGAUGCCAACGUACGCAACGCCGCACUCACGACGUUGGCCGAAGCGUACAAACUCGAGGGCGACGAUAUUUGGCGUCUGAUUGGACCGCUGCCCAGCAAAGACGAGGCAUUGCUCGAGGAGCGUCUAAAGCGCACGCAUGCUGCACCGCCUCCCUCUGCUUCGUCCGCGUCGGCCGCCGCUGCGAAGCCCACAGCCACCCCACGGACUGUGCCGAGCAUUCACGAUGGAGAACUGCGUGACUUGGCACUGGUGCGCAGUGACGACAAAGAGACGAGUAUUGCCGGCCUCAAAGCCAUGCAGGAGCACUUGACACACACAGAACAGCUGGCCGCCCACGAGUCAGAGGCCCUUGUGCAGAGUGUUCUUAUGGCCCUCGGACACACAGUACAGCAUGGUAUGAUUGACCAUCGGUAUGUGAAGCAUGUAUUGCAGACGGUCCUUGUGCUUCUGGAGGCACAGCGCACAGAGUCGUCCUCUCUGCCAGCCUCCUCGAUCGCGCCCCUGCUUGAAGGUCUGCUUCAUACACUGAUGGAUGUAUCAGCAGACGAAGACGAUGAGGCAUCACAAACUCUUGCCAAGCAGCUCAAUGCCGUGGUCCUUCGGAUCUUAUCAACAUGCCAAGGUGAUGCUGUGUAUGAGGCUUUGUUCACGGUGCUCACGCAUGCUACACAAGGCUUGCAAAUGGGAGACGAUGAACAGGCACGGUUUGGCGAACUGGUCGUCAAGUGUCUUUGGAAGGUGGCGCGAAAACUGCCGGCCGCCUUGGAAUCGCAAAGCGUUCAUGGCGAUGUUCUCCUGGCCACCGUGGAACGCUUCUUUGUGGCCAUUCCGCCCUCAGAAUGGGGUCGGCGAGCUCGAGAACAUAUGCCGUUGCGAGAUAUCCCGCUGAUUACAGCGACCAAUGUGCUCAAGCAGCUCACUGAUACGCUUCAAGAUCGAGCUUUGGCCCUCACUGACACAUGGGAUGAUCCAGAAAACAGCCAUGUAUACCGCUACCUAUUGCGCCUCCUGUACGGCAGCAGUAGCAAAGCAACCACGACGUCCUCAAUAUCGACAUCACAAUCGGAAGAAGCAUCGUCAUCGUCGACUACGCCUUCCCUCCCAGAUGAUCCACUUACAACAGAGCUGUGUGAGAUCUUUGAGCGUAUCUCUCAGAAGGACCAGUCUCGUGCUGCCAUACGUGAUCUGUACGAGUUCCAGAAGCGGCAUCCUAGCAUGCAGGCUCAUAUCGAGCGGUCUUUGCAAAACACAGGUCCCAUUUUCCAGCGCUACAUCAAGCGUGCGUUAGCGAAUCACGCUGCGGACGACCCGUCGCCGGCGCCUACGUCCACCACUGCAUCGUCGUCGACACCCUCCGUCACUUCGUCUCAUGUGGAUGCGCGCCUUGCGGAACUCAAAGCGAAAUUUCGAAGUGAACCAGGCGAGGCAAAAAACCCUGAUCAAGUGAAGAAACGCAUGUCAAUGUCGACCGAAGCACUUCGGUCACGGCUGGCAGCCAUGCGAACGGAUGACGCAGCCUCGUAG